UGCGCGGUGCGCGCCCGACGCAGCACGUCCUCCGGAGUCGCCGGCGCUGCUGUCGCGGGGUCCCUGAACCGCGGGCGCCCCGGCUCCUGCGCUCGGCCAUGGCCCCCCCGCCUCCCUGCAGGCUCCCGAGGUCGCUGCCGCCGUGGCUGCUGCUGCUGCUGCUGAGCGUGGCCUUGCUGGGUGUCCAGGCCCGUGCCGAGCCCGCCGCCGGGAGCGCCGUCCCCGCGCAGAGCCGCCCGUGCGUGGACUGCCACGCGUUCGAGUUCAUGCAGCGCGCCCUGCAGGACCUACGGAAGACAGCCUACAGCCUGGACUCCAGGACGGAGACCCUCCUGCUGCAGGCCGAGCGCCGGGCCCUGUGUGCCUGCUGGCCUUCCGGGCGCUGAGGACCCUCAGACACCACUGUUCUUCAUCAAUAAACACCUGGCCCAGCA